GGAGAGGCGGCGCUCGGCUGAUGGACGGCGGCCCAGUUCUGACGGCGCAGCCGGGCUUCCAGCAGCUUUCCUGCCGCUCGGCGACAACACCAGAGGAAGAAUCGUCCGCAAUGGAAGCAGUUAAGGACAUCACAGAGACGGUGGCUGUCGACCUGGGGGACCUGCUGGACGCCGGGGACGACGCCAUGGUGAUACUCGAGGCGGGUGACACUCGGCUGGUGGUGCACAGGGCCGUCCUCGCGGACAGGAGCCCCGUAUUUGCGGCCAUGUUCGCCCACGACACCCUCGAGGCCUGCACUGGCGUGGUGAGGAUUGCCGACAUCGGGGGCCCGGUGCUGAGGCAGCUGGUCUCCUACCUGUACACCCUGCGGGCCCCCCAGCGGCCCGGCACGGCCCCCCAGCUGCUGACUGCAGCGGAUAAGUACGGGGCGUCGGGGCUGAAGGCGGAGUGCGAGCGGCAGGUGGCCGCUCAGCUGACCGUGGAGACCGCGGCGGCCGCGGCCGUCCUCGCAGUCCGCCACUCCUGCAGUGACCUCAGGCGAGCCGCCAUCGAAUUUAUUAAGGCUCGUACCCACGAGGUGAUGGCCACUCAGGGGUGGGCAGAUGCGAUGCUUCAUCAACCUAAAGACUUGAUCGAAGUGAGCCGGUUGCUGUACGAUCCACCACCACAAACCAGUGCACCAGUCGUUACAGAGCCGAGGACCACCACCACCGGCACCACAACCACAACCAGAACCGCCACCACCGCUGCCACCACCACCUCUGCCAGCGCACCUCGCCAGACACCUGCUGCUGCGCGGCCCACGACUCCUCCACCUGAUGAGGCCACUGUCUCUCGAAUGCGGAGCCUCUCUGCAGAGGAGAGGGACAGGAGGCUGGUCCAGGCGGCUCAGCAGGGGGCAGUGGGGGAGCUGAGGGCGCUGAUCGCCGCAGGGGCCGACGUGGGGGCGAGGGGCGGGCCGUGGGGGUUCACCGCCCUGCACUGGGCAGCGCGCAAUGGCCGCGCAGAAGUGGCGGCUGCGCUGCUCGCCGCGGGUGCCGACAGGGGGGCCACAACUGGUGAUGGGCAGACAGCGCUGGACAUCGCCAGGCAGUACAACAGGAGGCGGCUGGUGGAGAUGCUGUCAUGA